GCGACGACAAAGAGAUGAGAUGUUGUUAGCAGCCGGGAGAUCCCAUUACAGAGGACGCAUGUAGUAAUAUGGUCGAAACAAAAGCGUAAGAAGCGCUAGGCCUGUCGUACAAAAAAUCGACACAUUUCCUUAAAUCAGUCUGCUAAUUCGUAGUAACUUUUAGUGGAUUUAUAAACUACUCGCGUGGAAAUGGAGAAGAAAAGAUGGGAUUGCACUGCUCUCCCCAAGGGCUGGAAAAUGGAAGAAGUGACCAGAAAGUCGGGUUUGUCCGCUGGAAAAAGCGAUGUCUAUUAUUUUAGUCCGUCUGGGAAGAAGUUUCGGAGCAAGCCUCAGCUGGCCCGUUACCUUGGUAACCAGAUGGACCUCAGUUCCUUCGAUUUCCGUACAGGGAAGAUGCUGAUGAGCAAGCUGAACAAGAACCGUCAGAGACUGCGAUAUGAUAACAACAACCAGAACAAGGGCAAACCUGACUUGAACACAUCACUCCCAGUCAGACAAACAGCCUCCAUCUUUAAGCAGCCUGUUACCAAGGUUACCAAUCAUCCCAACAACAAAGUGAAGACAGAUCCUCAGAAAGCUGUCGACCAGCCCAGACAGCUUUUCUGGGAGAAGAAACUCAGUGGUCUGAAUGCUUAUGACAUUGCAGAGGAGCUGGUGAAAACUAUGGAAUUGCCUAAAGGUCUGCAAGGCGUAGGUCCAGGCUGCACAGACAAGACUCUCUUAUCGGCUAUUGCAAGCGCUCUCCACACUAGUGCUGCUCCCAUCACUGGCCAGUUGUCAGCAGCUGUAGAGAAGAACCCGGGUGUGUGGCUCAACACGGCACAGCCGCUGUGCAAGGCUUUUAUAGUCACUGACGAGGACAUCAGGAAACAGGAGGAGUUGGUGUACAGUGUGAGGAAAAGGCUGGAGGAGGCUCUGAUGGCUGAUAUGUUGGCCCAUGUCGAGGAGGCUGCCAAUGAAGGGGAGGCUCUGAAGGAGGAAGGCAACGGCAGUGAAGACAUGGAGAGCGUAUAGCACAGGGUUUUGUAAUGUCUGGAUAGGUUUGUUCAAUAUCUGCGUGCACACACGACCAUGAACAGUAGGAGUCCUACACCAGUCCAGCCCUGAAGAACUGUCCCCCAGUAUCUGCAUCCAGUUUAAACCUAAACCUGACUUACACCAGUACAACCGAAAGACCUGGGUCUCUAAUGCGUCCAUUCGUCAUUAACUCCACUGGAUGGGACUCGUUGACUUCAAUGCCCAUGAAAUGACUCAAAGUUGAUUAAUGACUAGAAAGUUUUUUAAAAAUUCUCUUAACAAGAAAUGACAUGAAAUGAACUUGCAAAUAUUAAAGAUAACUUAUCUACAGUGUGUCAAAUUCAGUGUUCGAUGAUGAGCGUAUUUUUUACUAAAAGGCUUUGAAUGGGUUUGUAUUUUUUGCGACAAUCAUGUCAAAUCCAAACAUUUUAUGUCUGCAAAAAGUCGAUUUGGGUGCUUUUUUUGUUUAGGGCAGAUUGGAAAUGAAUGUUUUGUAUUUUUGACAUGUCUCUUUCUUGAUUUUUAUGGUGCACUCCAUGAGUAGUUUGACAAAACACACAGACUACCCUUUCCUGGUGGAACCAGUUGAGGUUUUUACUACACUGAGUCGAGCUCAUUUGAAUCAGCUUCAGGGCUAACCUGCAGGCUGCUGAUGUUACUAAUGCAGAUGGUGUAGUUUGAAGCUUAUCCAUUGGAGAGGACUGAGUCAACUUUUUAUUGUUGUAAUUUCAAGGAAAUAUUAUCUUUCAUGUCAGCUUUGUUACCCUGUGAAUCAUGUGCAGUAUUGACCAAAGAGGAGACAUGUCAUUUUGAAAGACGUUAAGGUUGUUGGCGUUUGUCUGUAUUUGAAAAGUAAAAAAGUAUACAUGAUGGAGCUGAGCACAGUGGAAAAGAAAUGACUUGAAACCUCUUUCUAUUGUACAACUAUUACUGUUUGUAACUCGUCAUCAUUAUAUAGGUGCUUACUGAUGUUGUGAAACACUGCUGUUUAGUGCCAAGGCUUUGUUUCUCUCACAGCUUCAGUCUAUAAGGUUGUUUUUUUUUUGUUUUUUUUUUAAUGUGUCAAUGUUACCACACACAUGCUGCCUCCUCGAAAACCCACGCACAAAAUUGGUGACACAGCAAAAUGACAGUUAAAAUUUAGUUUUCAUGUCUUUUCAUUUGUUAUCUGAGGAAUAAGGAUUUUUUUUUUUAUCCCUCUAUGUCAAAGUUUGAUGGUGAAUAAUGUCAUUCACAUCAUUAAAUUCCCUUCUCAAUAUCAGCAGGCUGAUUGCUGAAAUGAAUUUGAUUGUAUUACAUUAUUAAAAUGAGUCAGUAUGUCACUAA